AUGCCUGCAUUAAUCGGAGGUUUUGGUAAUUUCUUAUUACCAUUGCUUGUAGGGGGUCCUGAUAUGGCAUUCCCUAGACUAAACAAUAUUUCAUUCUGGUUAUUACCACCUAGUUUAAUAUUAUUCUUAUUUGCUAGUGGUAUAGAAAAUGGAGCGGGUACAGGUUGA